AUGGCUGAGUGGGAACUUGUUGGACUAGAGGUUGAGGCUCGUCUGUCUAAAAAUCCGUCAUCUGGGGCUAAUUUUGAGGGAGACGCUUUCCUCCGUGUAUGGAUUUCUGAAGCUGGGAAAACCUUUCAAAACAUUAAUGCAAGCAUUGCAUUGACAUCAUCAUUGACAAAAGUUGAUUCGGGUUUGGGAGUUAAGAUGAAUGCUGAACCUUGUAAAAACAUCGGAUCUGCUAUAAUGACAGGCCCACAACACGUGGGAAUACGAGCAGUUAUAAGGAAGUCCUAUGAUUUCGAUGAUUCCUCUGAUGAAAUGCUGAAUAUAUUACUGGAUUUCUCGACUACUGGGAAUGAUUUGGAUUUCUUUGAAGACUGA